GCCGGACCUGAGAAUCCGGGGUCGGCGGCAGGGGCGGCAGCCCUUAAAUAAAUUAUUGUGCAGUAUCCUGGUGAUUGAAUGAAAGGUAGGUGUUUGAUGUGCUCAUUAUUAUUGGCCUGGUGCCUGGUGCUUUAGCAUCAAUCUGAAUUUUCUGGAAGCUGAAAUUUGAGAACUUCUUGGGGAGCCUUUCAUGGAAAGCGCCACCUCAGCAACGGCAAAGGCCUUCUCCAUUUUGGCCAUCCAUCACAUGUUAAGGAAUGCCCAGUGCACUGCCUAACAGUUUAACACGGGGACAAUUGGGGACAUACUGACAGCGUGCCGGUGGAGGCCAUGACCUACAGACUUUUUGCCAAGAGUACUCUGGCCAACGGUCUGCAAAUUGCCAAGCUCCAUCAAACCUACGAAGCAUUCAAAUCAUUGAGCAAAACAAGCAUGCCAUUGUUCUUUGCUUCAAUAAGGGAAGUACGCGACCAACACAAGCAGCUCUUCGGUCGUUCAGCAAUCUCUCAAAACUUACAUUGGCAAGACUAACGACACUCCAAAGAAAAGCACCAGCAUCAAGUGCAUGCCAGGCUUGCGAAAUUGAUGUUGAAGGCAUUGUGAGUUGAUGGGGGUUUUCGGUUGUGCAUGCAAAUGCGAGGUGGAGAACAGAAAGACCGGUGCUCAGAUAGUUCAUGACUCGGAAGAAUCAGCAGUUUCCACGGUGUCAUGCAAAUGUGUGCCCAUGCGAGGACAGGCGGUGAUGUCACACGCAGCUGGCGAUUGCGAGGGGAUGAUCCGAGCAAGCCAAGCUCCUAUUUUGCUUGCUGCAAUUUAGGAAAACGCUCCAUUGCCUUGGAUGCACAGACACCCAAAGGGCAAGACCUUUGCAGGCGAUUGGCUGCGACUUCCGAUGUUGUCUUGGCAUCCUACAAACCGAGUGAUGCAGAGAAACUGGGCAUGGAUGCCCAGCGACUUCGAGCAAAACAUCCGCAGCUGAUUUAUGCUCAGAUCACGGGAUAUGGUCUCAAGGAUCCUCGCGUGGGCUAUGAUGCAGUGGUGCAGGCGGAAUCGGGCUUUACUUUCAUGAAUGGAAGUCCUGGUGAGGCAGGUCGCCCAACAAAAAUGCCUGUAGCCCUGGUGGACUUGCUAGCAGCGCAUCAGCUCAAAGAGGCUGUUCUGCUGGCGCUUCUACAACGUGAACGGACUGGUGAAGGUGCGCACGUCCACGUCUCGCUUAUGGCGGCGGCAUUGUCAUCACUGGCCAACCAGGCGACUGGCUAUUUGAUUGCCGGGCAAGUGCCGCAGCGCAUGGGUUCUGAUCAUCCAUCCAUUUGCCCCUACGGCACAGACUUUCUCGAUCAGGAUGGUCUACCGAUUAUUUUGGCAGUGGGGUCGGAUGCGCAGUUUCGCAGCCUUUGCGAGGUCUUAAAGCGAAGCGAGCUUGCAGACUGUCCCCGCUUUGCCUCCAACGCAGAACGGGUGGCAAACCGCCAGGAGCUUCUGUCACUCUUGGCCUCAGCCAUUGCCGAGACCAAGCGGGACGAAUUGCUUCUGGAGCUGCGGCGGCGCAAGGUCCCUGCAGGUGCCAUAGCUGAUAUGGCCACUGUUUUUCAAUCAGACCAAGCACAGGCCAUGGUGCUUCGAGAUGGGAAUUCUUUGGGGCUACGUCAGGUAGCCUGGGAUGGUCAUCAACGAAAGAAGCUGAAAACCUUGCCAGGUUUUGGAGAGCACUCCAUCGAGAUUUUGACUGAGGACUUACUUUUGAGCAAGGACGAGGUGCAAGAGCUUGUGGAGAAUGGUGUUGUUGCGACGCAUGGAACAUCAUAAGAAAAUCGAUAUGGAUGCGUGAGAUGUAUUU